CAAUGAGCACAACAACGAUAAUUUGGUGCAGUUAAUUCAAAUGUGAAUGCAUAAUUGUUGUUGUCCGCAUAGGUGUAGUAAUGGUUGUUAUUGUUAGUGAAGUUAAAUUAAAAAAAAAAAAAACGAUUAUUUACAAGGAACAACGAACACGAAACGACUAAAUGUGUACGACAAUCAGUAAAGUUACGAAACACCUGCCAGUCAUAGUCAGUAAAGAACUUAAAACACGUAUAUUCUUCUCAAUCGCCGGAUUGUCAGCAUUCCUUAAAGAAAUUGAGAAGUCACAACUUGCGUUCAAGCACAAUGACUUCAAAAGUGACAAAUGUCUCAGCAUCACAAGCCACAGCGUUGAAGGGCAUUAUACGCAAUAGUAGUUAUGUCAUACCAGGAUUAUACGAUCUUAGCGUGGAGGACACCAAUUGGGUAUUGACGUCAUCCUUCAUAAUUUUCACAAUGCAAACAGGAUUUGGCAUGCUCGAAUCGGGUUGUGUAUCAAUUAAAAAUGAGGUCAACAUUAUGAUGAAGAACGUCAUUGAUAUUGUACUUGGCGGCUUUACCUACUGGCUCUUCGGGUAUGGCAUGAGUUACGGGCGUGGACCACUUUCGAAUCCAUUCAUAGCGGUUGGAGAUUUUCUACUUGAUCCACCUGUCGGCGAUCCCUUGAUGGGACAAAUUUUUGCUGCCUUUUUAUUUCAGCUGUCCUUCGCUACAACAGCAACCACGAUUGUAAGUGGCGCCAUGGCAGAAAGAUGCAAUUUCAAAGCGUACUGUUUAUUUUCGUUACUAAAUACUGCUGUCUACUGUAUACCCGCCGGUUGGGUGUGGGGUGAGCAUGGUUUCCUCAAUAAUCUUGGAGCUGUUGAUAUAGCCGGAAGUGGGCCCGUACAUUUAAUUGGAGGUGCCGCCGCAUUUGCAUCUGCAGCUAUGUUAGGUCCGCGGUUGGGUCGCUACUCGGACGGCUAUGAUCCUCUACCACUUGGUAAUCCAGUGAACGCAUGUAUGGGUCUGUUUGUGCUCUGGUGGGGUUGGCUUGCUUUCAAUUCCGGCAGUACCUAUGGUGUAAGUGGAGCCAAAUGGCAAUAUGCGGCACGUGCCGCUGUCAUGACUAUGAUGGGUUCAUUUGGAGGUGGGAUCAUAAGUUGCGCGUACUCGCUUUGGCGCCAUGAUGGACGUAUGGACAUUAUCGACCUUAUUAACGGUGUGCUCGGGUCACUGGUCUCAAUUACGGCUGGAUGUUUCCUAUAUCGUGCUUGGGAGGCACUAGUCAUUGGUAUGUUGGGUGCACUGCUCUGUGUUGUCGCAAUGCCUUUGUUCGACCGGUUAGGGGUGGAUGACCCAGUAGGUGCCAGCUCGGUUCAUGGUGUUUGUGGAAUUUGGGGCGUUCUCGCGGUCGGAUUUUUCGCUGAUAAUCCUGUACCGCUUGAGACAACCAAGGGACGUUCAGGCCUAUUUAAAGGUGGUGGUUGGUACUUGAUCGGCAUACAGAGUUUAUCGGCAUUAUGUCUUGCUUGCUGGGGCAUAUGUUCAACAUUUCUACUACUUUACAUUAUCAAUAAAUUUAUACCUUUGCGCAUGGACCCCAAUGAAGAGUUGCUCGGCGCUGAUCUUAUGGAACAUCGGAUUCGUCACUCACAAAUCGGGUUGUCGCGUGCCAUUUCCGCACUUGCACCGAUUAAGGUGAAUCUCAAGGAAGUCGCCGGAAUUCAACCGAUUGGCCUAAAUCCAGGUCACGAGAAAAGUAUUGAACAACUACGCGCUGCCGAAGAUAAAUUACUAGAAUGGCAGCAAUAUCUAGAACAAAUGGGUCCACAAUUACCCAAACAUGUGCAAGAGCAAUUUGCCACAGAGGAGCACAAUAUACUCAAGAAGAUUCAUAAUUCGCCUGAUCCCAAAGCGCAAACGAUUGGCAAUGUUUUUAGUAACAAAUUAAAAUCAGUACAUAUCAAGAAAGAUCCGGACCGCAAUGUGCAUACCCAAAUUACUCCCGGCUUUUAUAAACCGAACAAUAAAGAAUUGCCAGUAAUUUCGUCGAGACAAAUUGACAAGGAUACCAAUUUCGCAUGGAUCGAUUGAAGAAUGAAAUAUGGUGAUGGAAAAAUAACCUUAAACCAUUUUAUGUAAUAAAUGAUAUGUACCUAUUUACUUAUU